AUGCCUGGGACGAAGGGUGCGGAGGGCGGAUCUCCAUUGCCGGUCGAUAUCUGGUCGGUGUUACUGCUGGCUCCGCAGCAUGUGGUUCUACUGGCACUAGUAGGUUUGUGGCUUUGGUACUGGGAAUUGGCGGUGCUGAGCAAGAAGAUUGAUCUGUCGCGCGUGAUACUGUGCAAUGAGCCGUACGACAUCCGGCCACAGCCUAGCUCGCUGAGGAUACUGCAGAGCACGAGGUCGUGCGUGGCCAGGAUCACUAAGAUAGUUGUGCCGAUGUAUAUCGGGGCUUCGUAUGUGGCAUACAGGGCGGCGCUAGGCGCGGAGCUGCCGUGGUGGCAGGUGCUGGCGGCGAAUACGGCGGCGCUGGUGCAGCUCGCGGCGCUGGUGUGGGUGAUUCUGCGCUCGUCGCGGAUGGUGCGGCGCUGCGUGGCGCGCAUGCUGCUCGGCGGGGGCAUCGAGGGCAAGCCGUUGCGCACGAACUACAUUCUGCUGGCGGACACACUGACCUCGUAUGGCAAGCCGCUGAUGGACUUCACGGCGUACCUGGUGCUCCUGUUUCGGACGCCGCUGGCGGAUCCGCUCGCGGUGCGGGAUCUGCCUUCGAACGCCGCGCUGCACAUCGACCUGGUUGUCGGCGCGAUCCCAUCUGUGAUUCGGCUGGUCCAGUGCUUGCGCGAGUACCGCCGCAAAGAGGACGCGUGGGCUGCGCGCAGAGCCAGCCUGUUCAACGCGCUCAAGUACUCGUCGCAGCUGCCGAUCCUGGUGCACGCGCUGCUGAGCCGCAGCGGCGCGGCACACGGCGGCCAGCGCUGGGUCAGGUGGGCCAUGCUGCUGAACAGCGUGUAUAGUUUCUGGUGGGACGUCACAAUGGACUGGAAGCUCGGCCUGUUCAACUUCAGCUCGGCGGGCAUGGAGCGCGACGAGGUGCUACGCCACCGCAGGCUCUACAGCGUUAAGUACUACUACGGCGCGGUGCUGUACGAUUUUGUCAUGAAGUUCAUGUGGCUCUGGGAGCUGCACGUCGGGCGCGCGCUGUUCCGGAGAGACCUCAACCCCGUGUGGCUACAUCUGCUAGAGGUGAUCCGCAGGUGGAUCUGGACAUUCUUCAAAAUCGAAGCAGAGUACUUUUCUGCUAAUGCCAAAAAAUGA